UUUUUUUUUUUNAUAGUAUGUGUUAUAUUAGCAAAUAAUACCCUGAAUAUGUGAUAACAGAAAGAGAUAAAGUUAUAGGUGUUGUAAUUAACCUUAAAAGGUUAUAACGAGCAAGAGACACACAUACUGAUAUCAGAAAGCCUUUCUACAGCUGCCAUGUCCGUUUUUCUUGUUUUCACUUUCUUCUGUUUGUUGUAUUCCGCAGUGCUUGGAGUAGAAAUAGAUGAUUGUAAGCCCACCAGAUGCAUGAAACAUGGGCCAACGAUUCGUUUCCCUUUCAGAGACAAAAAUCGAAGCCCUCAACACUGCGGGUAUCCAGGUUUUGAUGUGUUCUGCAAUGAGAGCAAUGAUACUGUGCUUGAACUGCCUUCCUCCGUACAAGUUGCUGUAAAGAAGAUCAACUAUGUUCUUCAGCAAGUUGAACUUUAUGAUCCUGAAAAAUGUCUUGUGAAAAAGCUACCUCAUCUGAAUUUAUCCACGUUCCCGUUACAGUUCUUGAAUACAGAAAACUUGGAUUAUAUCCUUGUUAAUUGUUCACGAAGAAGUUUAUUUAACUCAUUUCCUUGUCUUGGUGAUUCCAGUUCUUAUUUUUUUGCCAUUAGUGAGUCUAGGUGGGAUAAUGUUGGUUCACUUGAUUUGACUUCCUGUACGAGGUUACAUAAAGUUUAUCUUCCAUACGAUGUAAUAUAUGAGAAAUAUCUCCAUCUGAGGUGGUCUGAACCGGCAUGCGGUGGCUGUGAAGCAAAAGGGAAGUGGUGCAGGAUAUCAAGUAAUUCAACAAGCGGCGAACGUCAAAUACAGUGUGUCCACAAACCUAACACGACUAUUUUCACUUGGUCAUGGAAGAAGGAAAAGCAUAUAUCCAAACAACAGUACUCGUUUGAAUGUAUAGCUCAAAAGAUUUAUGUGAAAUUAUGCUUCACAAGUUUAUGGAGCAUCGAUGGGGCUAGUGGUUGGAGGUGAACAUUUUAUCCAGCUUAAAAUUUUUAUUGUUACCUUAUAAGGGAAUUUCUUGUUUCCUCACUUAUUCGAAGAAAAAAAAAACUAAUACGCCUUAGGUUCUUGUCUCUUUGUCACAAUCCUCGCUUCCCUUGUCCUUCUUUACAUCUCAUUUAGAUCAGAAAGACAAAAUCACAUCAAGAUUGAGAAGUUUCUUGAAGAUUACAGAGCCCUCAAGCCCACAAGAUUCUCCUACUCCGACAUCACAAGAAUCACGCGUAAGUUCAGCGAGAAACUCGGCGAAGGAGGCUACGGAACUGUUUACAAGGGCAGACUGUCUAACCAAAUAGACGUAGCCGUCAAACUACUCCACAACUCAAAAGGCAACGGUGAAGAGUUUGUGAACGAAGUCAGCACCAUUGGCAGAAUACACCAUGUCAACAUUGUCCGUCUCCUCGGGUUUUGUGCCGAGGGAUCCAAACGAGCCCUCGUCUACGAAUUCCUACCAAACGACUCCUUAGAAAAGUUCAUCUUUCGUUCGUCCCUCGGCUGGAGGAAUCUGCGGGACAUUGCCCUCGGCAUAGCCAGAGGAAUCGAGUAUCUCCACGAGGGGUGCGACCAGCAAAUCCUUCAUUUCGACAUAAAGCCACACAACAUAUUGUUGGACCGAAACUUCGGGCCCAAGAUAUGCGAUUUCGGGCUUGCAAAGCUCUGCUCAAAGGGAAAAAGUGGUGUGACGAUGACGAAUGCUCGGGGGACUAUGGGCUACAUUGCCCCGGAAGUUCUCUCGAGGACUUUUGGGAGGGCUUCGUAUAAAUCGGAUGUGUACAGUUUCGGGAUAAUGGUGCUUGAGAUGGUGGGUGGGAGGAAGAAUGUGAAAAUGAGCCAGGUGUUCUUUCCUCAGUGGGUUUAUAAUCGUCUGGAUUCGGAGUUUGGGGAGGAUUUGUGGGCUCGAGUGGAGGAUGGGGAAAAUGGGAGUAUAGCAAGGAGACUGAGUAUUGUUGGGCUGUGGUGCAUACAGUGGAGUCCGAACGAACGUCCGUCUAUGAAAGAGGUUGUUGUGAUGUUGGAGGGAACUGAAGAGAGUCUCGUGAUUCCUCCAAACCCGUUUGCAGCUAUGGAUGGUACAAGCUCUGUAGCGGGAAUAAUACAGGGAAGGCAUCGUCAUCAUCAGAUAGAGAUAGAGUUGCCUGUCAUACAAGAAUCAGAGUAUUUUAGUGCUUAAAUUAUGAAGUAUAAACCGAUUUGCACUCAUGGUACAUCCCAGCUUCAGGUCAUAUCUGGUUUUGCUGGGUUGAAGUAGAUAGAUUAAUGCAUUGGUAUUCUUUGUACCGUAGAACCUGAUUGUAACUUUUUCCCUGCAUUUUGUUGGACGAAAUAUAUUGGCUUCGGGAAGAGGAACAGCUGAGUGAAAUCUGUAACAUUGACUUGGUGAAAUCGAGCAUUUCAACUUAUAGCAUGUAUAAGGUUAUAUCUAUUUUUGGGUGUGUGUAGCCCUUGUUGUCAAUGUAUGGAG